CAACCGCUCAACCGUUUCCGCGCAAUGGUUCGAAGACAAACAUAUUUUUUCAAGAAGCUUCGCAUAUUUACCGUUAAACUAUAACGAUUUAAAGCAACUUAAAAGUUCUGAACCAGAAGCUUCAAUGACUGCAAAUUUUGAAGCCAUAUGUGACAUAGUGCUUUGAAACCCUAAUAUCAGGGUUUGCUAUAAAACGCUGAAAACAUUAGCAAAUCGGAAAGAGUGAAAUGUAGAGGCAAAUGCAGCAGUAUUUUUUAAGAUUACAGUAAUGACGGCGUUUUAUUUUCUUGUGCGGGCUCUGCCAGUGGCUGCAUUAUGUGCAGUUUUUGUUGUGCUCACUGCCAAAUGUGCGGCUUCGGUGGCUGGCUCUCCAAGUUUAAACGACCUCAAUGUUUUGCUGCCUCCUCGUAUUUCGAAUCCAGUUGGCUUCAGACUUCGCGGAAAGGGAGGCUGCUUUACCUGGCAAUGGGAUCACCGUGAAAUAUUAUCUGUUGUAUCUGAGUAUAAUGAGACAAGUCAGUGCUCAACAAGUGCACAAUUAAUAUCAAUUGCUCCAUAUAGUGGCCGAAGAGUGACAGCUGUUCUGGCCUCAGAUAUGUUGAGUGGCCAGGUUAUUCGUUGUGAAGUAUUUAUUGAUAAAAUUGCUCGUAUUCAGAUCUUUCAUCAUUCUGUCAAACUGGAUCUUGAUGGGCUUGCCACUCUUCGCAUUCAAGCUUUUGAUAAUGAAGAUAAUGUUUUUUCUUCCUUGGUGGGAUUAAGGUUCUGCUGGCAGCUUACACCAGUAAUAGAUUCAGCAAAAGAUACACUACCACAUCGGUUGGUUCAUGUGCCAUUAAGGAAUGCUCCAUUGAGUGACUGUGGAGGUUUUUGUGGAGACAUCGACACCCAGAUUGAGCUCGAGGAAACUGGUCAGGGUUCAGAUCUCUAUGUUGUAAGAGGUAUUGAUAUAGGACGUGAAAAUGUAACUGUACGUUUAGCAGAGCCAGAACUUGAACACUUAUCAGAUACAAUUUUUCUAACAGUAGCAGAAGCCAUGUAUCUUGAACCACCAUCUCCUGUGUAUGUUGUAAUUGGAACUCGUCUGCAUUACACACUGAAAGUUCUUCGUCGGAACAAACCAGAAGUUGUGACUUUGCCUUCUCCACACCAUCGUUGGUUUGUAUCUAAUUCCUUGGUUAGUUCAAUUGAUACUACAUUGGGCUUAGUAGAUGCACUAAUGACUGGGACCACAAGUGUUAUUGUAGAAGACUUGAGAAUUUCUGGUCACCAACAAACCUCAUCAAUGCAUGUAGUUGUACCCAAUGAAUUGCAUUUGUACUUAUUGACUUUUACUGGACAAAGAGGUCUUCAACAGGGAGACGAGUUUGUAUCCUCUUCAAUACCAUGGCAUUUUGUUGUAGGCCGAGAAUAUGUUGUUCAUCUUAGAGCAUUUUCGUGGGAAUCUGGCGAUUAUCCACUAUAUUUAACUGAGAGUAACCAUUUGGAACUAAACUUUGGUGACUCUCCUCAUUGGAAUGCCUUUCCAAUACCUAAUGAAGUUGCAAUUGAACACGGAUGGCAUAACUGUAGCCGUCUCCAUGCAAUUUCUGAGGGUCAGGGUAAAUUAACUGCAUCGCUUAGGUAUUAUUCUGCAAAUGAAUACACAGCUGACUUGAAACUGUCUGGAAUACCUGAGAUGGUUCUUUCAGUUGUACAGGAAGUGAAGGUUUGUGCGCCUGUAGAGAUUCAGUUUUCUGAGAGGGAUAAGGCCUUUAAAACUUUACUUCUUCCCUGGUUUCCUGAAAUACAUCAGGAAAUUGAGUUAGUGGUGAAAGGAGGUUGUGGGGGAACACAAAAAGACUAUAUGUGGCAUUCGUCUGACAGCAGUGUUGUGUCUGUAAAUGCAAUGGGUGUGGUGCAUGCAGGAAGACCUGGUAAAGCAGUCAUAAAAGUUGUAGCAAUUGUCGACUUACUGAAUUAUGAUGAGGUGCUGGUUGAAGUUUCAGUUCCAUCUUCUAUGGCAAUGUUUGGUGGUUUACCAGUGGAGGCUGCUAUUGGUUCUCAUCUCCCUGCUGCCGUGACUUUGAAAAACACCUUUGGCCAUUUCUAUUCAAGGUGUGAUGCUUUUAACUACUCUGUCAUGUGGCAAGUUUUUGGAGCAGUGCAUACUUUUGAUAUUUUGAACAGAACAAGUCAACAGAGCUUCUUAAAAGUAAUGGAUGCCAUUGGUGGAAUGAAAAUGGCAAACAAUCAAGCUUCUGAUGGUCCUUUAUGUGCCUGGACAUUAUUACAUGCUUCUCAGGCAGGCAAAGUUAUUGUGCAUGCAUCUAUUAUGGGUAUUGACAAAGAAUUACUUGAUGAUUCUGAUUCUUUAGCAUUGUUGAAGGCAUCAUGGACCAUUGCUGCCUAUGAUAAGCUAGUUGUUCAGCAAGCAGGGGAUGGGAAUGCAUUCGGGGGUUAUAAAUUUGAUCAAGACAUUUUAGAACAUCCACUUGCUGAUGUUCAGGGUGUAGAUCAUGUAUGUUUGCAUGACCUACUUCUUGUUCCUGGAAGUGGGAUGAAUAUAUUCCUGCAUGGGGGACCAGAGCAUUGGCAACAGGGAGUAGAUUUUUUUGAGUCAUACAAUGCAGUAGCGUCAGAUGAAAAAUCCUCUGCAAAAGCGAGUGGUAUUGUUACUAAGAGAAGUGAUGGUGGAGGGCGAAUGUACUGGGUUUUAUGCACUUCACUGGGGAACUUUACUCUGAUUUUUAAACGUGGUAAUUUAGCUGGGGAUAAUCACCCAUUACCAGCUUUGGCAGAGGUUGAAUUGUUGCUUGUGUGCAGCUAUCCGUCUUCAAUAAGCAUGAUUGCUGAUGAACCUGCAAACACGUUGGCUAUCAUACAAGCUACAUCCCAGGCUGAUCGUGUUGCAGGACGUAUACAUGCAACUCCAGUCAUUGUGACAAACGGUCGCACAAUUCGUGUUGCUGCAGUUGGCAUUCAUCAAUCUGGAAGGCCAUUUGCAAACUCAUCAUCAUUAGUCCUGAAUUGGGUUCUGACUGGUUGUGAGGAACUGGCUUACUGGGUUUCAAUCAAGAAUGGUGUUGAAAAGUUGGAAUUGGGUUCCUGGGAGAGAUUCCUUGCUCUUCGUACUGAAUCAGGACAAUGCAUUGUGCGAGCAACAGUUACUGACUUCUCCAAUAGCGGAGCUCUUUGGUCAUCUGAAACUGAAAGAGUUGUAAGAGAAAAUUUAGAGAAUUGUGCUGAUAAUGUACUCACCGAUGCUGUUCGUUUGCAGCUUGUAUCUGCAUUACAUAUUGAUCCAAACAUUGUUGUGCUGUUCUUUCAUGCAGAUGCCAAGGCAAGCCUUUCAAUAUUGGGAGGUACCUAUAAUGUUGAAGCACGUGUGAAUGAUACUAGAGUAGCAGUAAUAGUGCAACAUCCUCCAAGUGCGCGUGACAUGCAUUUGGUUUUGGGUGCAAGAGGAUUGGGAACAGCAUUGGUUACAGUUCAAGAUAUAGGGCUUGCAUCUCGUGCAUCAGCUUCUGCUUUGGCACGUGUGGUGGAUGUUGACUGGAUAAAAAUUAUCUUAUCAGAGGAGACAAGUUUACUGUUGGGAUCUGUAAAAGAUAUAGAAAUUUCAGCAGGGACACAUGAUGGGCAUGUUUUUGAUUCAUCACAGAUUGAUUUCAUGAAUGUACAUGUCCACGUGGAGGAUGAAAUACUUGAGCUUGUCGAUAGCAAUGGUGAUGCAAAACCAUUUGGAAGUAAAGUUACAGGUUCAAGGUUUCUCAUACGUGGCGCAAACAUUGGUCUGACAAGUACUCUUCAUGUUAGUGCCAGGCAAGGAUCUGGAAGAGAAAUUUUCAGUCAGUUUGCUAAGGUGGAAGUCUAUGCACCUUUGCGGAUUCAUCCUUCAAGUUUCUUUCUUGCUCCCGGGGCAACGCACAUGCUGACAGUGAAUGGAGGUCCCCGAGCAGGAGUACUUGUGGAGUAUUCUUCUGUGGAUAUUUCUGUUGCAUCAGUUGAGAGUGCUUCAGGGAAAUUAGUUGCAGGUUCUCUUGGCAACACUAGCAUUAGAGCUUGUGUAUACAACAGUGCCGGAGAGUCAAUAUGUGAGGCAUAUGCUGAAGUCAUUGUGGGGAUCCCCUCAUCCAUGAAACUGAAUUUUGUAAAGGCCCAGCUUGGUGCUGGCCAUGAAAUGUCUGUAUUCCCCAAAUCACCAGAGGGGGACUUGCUUUCAUUCUAUGAGGUUUGCAGGAACUAUAAAUGGACGAUUGGAGAUGAAGAGGUAUUGGGAUUUCGUAACAUGGAACCUGGACAUAUGCAAUUGCGAGGAAUAUCAAUUCUAGAGGAGAAGGGACGGUGUUUGCUUGAUUAUGCUAGCCUGGGAAAUGCCGGUUUUGCCACUAGAGUUAUAGGAAGGUCUGGAGGUAGAUCUACUGUUAGCGUAUCAUUUACAUGUAACUUCAGUGGAGCUGGAAAUUCUUUUCGGUCUGUAUCCUAUAGUGCUUCAGAUACAGUUUGGGUUGUACCUAACCUGCCUUUAGCACUUGGCAUGCCCAUUACAUGGUUGCUACCACCUUUCUAUACAACAUCAGAUCUCUUACCAGAAUGGACUGAGCCAUCUUUUCGAAGGGACACGAGAAGUCAUAAAGGGCGUGUGAUCUAUUCGGUAUUAAAGGCUAAUGGCACUGAAGGUGAAUCCAUAAGUAUUCAGGGUGGUCGUAUCAAAACUUUAGAAAGGAACACUAUUGCUUGCAUUGAAGCCAAAGAUCGUAGUACAGGUAGAUUUGCAAUUGCGGCAUGUGUUCGUGUUGCUGAGGUAUCUCAAAUGGCAGCUGAGACUGAAGAUUUCCCUUUUCAUGUUUUUGACCUUUCCGUGGGCUCUCAUCAGCUCCUUAAUAUUACAUAUCACGAUAAUUUGGGCACUCCAUUUUUUGAAGCUCAUGGCCUUGUCCCACUGUUUGUGGAAACUAACAAUCCUGACAUCAUCUCAGUUAAAGUUGCGGAUAUUAACAACAUGGGGAGUUUAAGUAAUGGUGGGCUUUAUAUCCAGGCAUUGCGGGAAGGACGAGCUCUUGUUCGUAUAACAUUCCAGAAAAGCCCGCAAAUUGCUGAAUUCAUUUUGAUUCGAGUAGGUGCAUAUAUAAGCCCAAGAAAUCCAGUUCUUCAUGUAGGGGCUCAUCUUAAUUUCAGUAUCACAGGAAAUGGUUUAGGUGAAAGAGAGCAGGGGCACUGGUCUAGUACAAAUGAAGGUGUUGUUAUCAUAGACAACCCAUCUGGAGAAGCCCGAGCUGUUGGAGAGGGUACCACACAAGUUAGUUUUAAAAGCUCAAGAUUAACAGCAUAUACGACUGUUACUGUGGUCAAACUGGCUUCUGUGAUGAUUUCUGCUCCCUCUAAUAUCUUGACCAAUGUUCCACUUCCAGACAAGGAAUAUAAUUUCUCUGUUAAACUUAGCGACCACCAGGGACACAGUUUCAAAUCAUUCAGUCAGGGAAUGGAAGUUUCUUAUGACUGCCUUGUGGAUCCACCCUAUGUUGGGCACUGUAAACCAUGGAAGGACUCAGUUACAGGGAUCUUCUAUUGCUUAUUUACUCCACAUAGUCCAGAAUAUUUAACUCAUAUAUUGUUAGGCUUAAAGGAUAGAACUCAGAAAUUUAAAGUAGGAGAUCAAGAUGGGAUGCUUCACAUUUCAAUUACAGCAGUUAUUGGAGGAGCAAAAGAGAUGUCAGGUUCAGCUGAUGUUGUUUUCAUGGCUGGAUUUUCUAUUCUUGACAUGGAGGAGUUGCAUUUAACACCAAGUGCAAAUAAAAGUCGAAUAACAAUUGUUGGAAAUGUUGGAAGAAUCAAACUGCAGUGGCAAGCCAAGAAUUUUAUGUCAGUUAAUCGUGUCAGCUAUCAUGACAUGGGAAUAGGCGGGCGAGCUGAAUAUGAGGUGAAAGUGCUGAAGAGAGAAAGAUUUAAUGACAAGUUGGAGAUCAUGCUUCCACCAACUGGUCAAAAAAUGGAGAUUGGUGUGAGCUAUGAACCGAGCAAGUUUAUUGGGUCAAAUAUCUCCCUAGAAGUCAUUUCCAUCAUAGUUGUUGUUAGUGUGAUUUCGCUUGUGCUUACUGUAAUUAUUUAUCUACGGUUACUUGAUCAGCCUGAACCAGCCAGGCAAAAUUUUGGCACAGAAUCAGUCCCUGAAAUUAUUGCAAAUGUGGAAAGAACUCCUGCAAGAACCCAAAUGUCCAAUUCUAUGAGUUUGCACUCACCAGCGUCAUCGCAGUCUUACCCUAGGACACCUCCACAACCUUAUACAGAGUACAUAAGAAGAACUGUGGAUGAUACACCUCUCUUUAGGAAAGAUGGUCGCAAAAGAUUUGAUCCAUCCUAUACUUACUAGACAAAGUGAAACGUUCCUUGACUAUACAUAAUACUUUUGUAAACUACUUCCUUUUUGAGUUCAUAUUUUCAUUGGUAAGGAUAAUUAUUUUCUUCUUUGAUCUCGUUUUUGUAUUAGAUAUGACUGAAAUCUCCUGGAAGUGGACUUUAUGACAAAUAAAAAAAUGGGCUAAGCUUUUGCUUAAUCUGGAAUAACAGAGAGCCAUUAGGAGGAAGUAAAGAAAGCUGAAGGUUAACUUCCUUUUGGAUUUUA